UUGAUUGCGGUUGGGGAGCACUGACAAUUGACGGCGGGGCGGAGAGACCCGAAAGGCGGCGGCGGGCGGUGCGUGACAGCCCGGCGUGUGACGACUGGCCUCCCCCAAUCCCACCGCGCUCCCCGCGCCGCCGCAAGCCGCGCCGCAGCGCCCCGGCUCCCGCCUGCCGCGGGCGGCGACGUGCAGGCCAGCGCUCUGCAGGUUCUCGUCUGAGUCUACCCCCGCGUUGUGAGGCGGGAGGGGCAAGAAAAACGCUCCGCGCCCUUCUUGGGGGUCUGGAGGGGACGCGGAGCGGCGGAAGCCACGGAGCUGUCCCAGCGGCCUCGCCUUGGGGAGUGGGUUGCGCGGGCUGUGCCUGUAAGCGCCGUGCGUGGCAGACGGAAGGCGCCAGGCCGUGCGCGGGGCGGUGCGUGUGCGGCGGAGCUGCUCUCGGCGAGGGCGGCGGCGGGGCUAGCGAAGCCUUGCGGCUGCCCCCGCCCCGACAGGCGCGGGGCCCCUACCCUCACGGACGCCUUCGUUUCUGCCGGGCUGUCCGCGUCGGCUGCGGAGGAAGAAAAACGUUCGCAGCGCGUGAUGUGAAACACAAAAUUAACGCCCAGCCCGUCCUAGGAGCGAAAACAAGGAAGGAGGGGAGGGGAGAGGGGAGGUGGACUAGAAAAGGGAAGGGGAAAAAAAGGAGCGAGAGACCAUUAAAAACAGAGGAAAAAAAGACCUAGAAAAGGGAACGUCACAUCCCCUUGACCCUCCAAUCACCUCGGGGUCCCAUUUGAUUGGAAGGCGGCAAAGGCUUUAAUCUCAGACUAAUUCAGCUGCUUUUGAAGUGAGUUUCUUUGCCAGAUCCCGGGCUGGAUGGGCAGCGGCUCGCAUCACAGCUGAGCGGCGGAGGCGAGCGCUCCGCGCCGCGCCAGCCGGGGGAGCCGAGAGCGGCCGAGGGGCACAGCGGCACACGCUCGCGGCCCCCACUCCCGCCCCCAGCACAGCCCAAGGAUUACUCGGCUUUUUUUCCUCCUCUUUCUGACCGGCCGGCUCCCCCUUUCCCUCCCUCUCCCCACCCACGCCCUCCCCGCCAGAGAGAGCCACGGGACAUUUUAUGUUUGUUUUUCUGCUCGGGGAGCGUGUGGCGUUUUCCCCUCCUCGCCUUCAGAAAGCGAGUGAGCGUUUCCAAGUGCGAGCGGCGCCACUUGCCCCAGUUUUCAUGCGAGGUUUUGGGUCAUGAUCACAUCGCCCUCGCUUUCUGCUAUAAGAGGUAGUAAGCGCAGCAGCAGUCUCAGCGAGCCCGGAGGCAGCCCCCGCCGCAGCCGCAGCGCCGCCGACCUCGCCGGGCCGAACGGGCACGCUGGGAAUAACGGCAGCAGCGCCGCCGCCGCCAAGCCCUGCUUCCACGCCGUCCCCCCCUCGGACCCGCUACGCCAAGCUAACCGCCUUCCCAUCAAAGUCUUGAAAAUGCUCACGGCGCGGACUGGACACAUUUUACACCCCGAAUACCUGCAGCCUUUACCCUCCACGCCUGUCAGCCCAAUCGAGCUGGAUGCGAAGAAGAGUCCAUUGGCCCUUUUGGCACAAACUUGCUCGCAGAUAGGGAAGCCGGACCCAUCCCCUUCCUCCAAACUCUCUUCGGUCACCUCCAAUGGCUCCGGAGGCGACAAGGACUCUAAGUCGGGCCCCUUGAAGCUCAGCGACAUCGGCGUGGAGGACAAAUCGAGCUUCAAGCCGUACUCCAAGCCCGGCGCAGAGAAGAAGGAGCCGGGGGCGACGGGCUGCACGGGCGCUCCUGCCGCGGGGGUCGCGGCCGGCGAGAAGUCGGGAUUCCGGGUGCCGAGCGCCACCUGUCAGCCGUUCACCCCAAGGACAGGCAGCCCCAACUCGAGCGCCUCCGCCUGCUCGCCGGGGCUGCUGCCGGCCGAGGGCAAAGGCGUAGAGGACAAGAAGGACUCAGAGGGUUGCGGAAAAAGCGGCGGCUCCGGCUCAGAGGGAGGCCCAGGUACCACUAGCAUCAGCCACAGCCGGAUUAGCGUGAGCUGUGCCGGAAUUAACGUGGAAGUCAACCAGCACCAGGAGAGCACGCCGGGCUCCAAACCCAUCGCCUCGGACUCCACCUCCUCCUGCAGUAGCACCACUGCCACCUCCUCCACCUCCGUCCUGGGCUCCGGCCUCGUGGCUCCCGUCUCCCCUUACAAGCCAGGACAGACCGUUUUCCCACUGCCUCCAGCGGGUAUGAGCUACCCGGGGACGCUGGCUGGAGCCUACGCCGGCUACCCGCCCCAAUUCCUGCCGCAUGGAGUGGCGCUGGACCCCACCAAAUCCUCAAGCCUAGUUGGGGCCCAGCUGGCCGCUGCCAGCAGCCUGGGCUGCAGCAAGCCAGCAGGGUCGAGCCCGCUGGCGGGCGCAUCGCCGCCGUCGGUGAUGACGGCAAGCUUGUGCCGAGACCCGUACUGCCUGAGCUACCACUGUGCCAGCCACCUGGCAGGCGCCGCUGGCGCCUCCUGCGCCCAUGACCAGGCCCUCAAAUCCGGAUACCCCCUCGUCUACCCCACCCAUCCUUUGCACAGCGUCCACUCCUCGCUGACCGGUGCCACGCCGCCCUCACUAGCUGGCCACCCUUUGUACCCCUACGGCUUCAUGCUUCCCAACGACCCCCAGCCGCACAUCUGCAACUGGGUGUCAGCCAACGGACCCUGCGACAAGCGCUUUGCAACUUCGGAAGAGCUACUUAGCCACUUGCGGACCCAUACUGCCUUCCCAGGCACCGAUAAACUGCUCUCCAGCUACCCCAGCUCUUCAUCACUGGCCAGCGCAGCAGCUGCAGCCAUGGCAUGCCACAUGCACAUCCCCACAACAGGCGCUCCGGGCAGCCCGGGCACACUGGCCCUACGCAGCCCACACCAUGCGCUGGGACUUGGCAGCCGCUACCACCCCUACUCCAAGAGCCCUCUGCCCACCCCUGGGGCCCCUGUGCCUGUGCCCGCUGCCACCGGACCUUACUAUUCCCCCUAUGCACUCUAUGGGCAGAGACUCACCACAGCCUCGGCCCUGGGGUACCAGUGAGUGCAGGCAGCGGGGCUUUAACACACAACACAACACAGAGUUUAGCAGUGAGGGAAGGAAGCCCUGAAAAACUUUAUAAAAGUUGGAAAGAAAAAAAAAAAUCUGACUUUUUAUAAAAUAGUGUUCAUUUGAGGACUGGAUCCAUGAGCACUGUAUUUAUUUAUGUUAGCUUCAAGCGGGACAACGAAUCAUAAAGUGCAUUACUUAACCGAGCUCAAUAGGUAAAAGUGGAACACCCAUUGUAGAAUAUAAAUAAAAAGAUAGAGGUCUUCUCUUUAAUGUUACUUUAAAAUUGCUAUGAUUGUAUUGUACGUUCUUAUUUAAUGUCUCAUUGAAACAAAAAUUUACAUGCAUGUUUGUUACUAAAAAAACAACUCGCAAUUUGUCAGUUAUAAUUUCAAAUUGCAAUUAUUUUUAAGGUGUAUACCCUUGAAAGAGAAUUGGUAUUUUUUUGUAUGUAUUCUGGAAGAAAAAAAGAAAAAAAACAAACAACAAAAAAACAAAAACAAAACAAAAAACUAUUCCAAAAACCUCAUUUGCCUUAUUUUGUUCUUUAAAAGGAACACUUAACUAUUUUUAAUUUUUAAGUCCACCCUGUAAAAAGGGUUAAGUAAGGUUUACGUCAUGUACUAAAAUAGACAAUGUAUUGCUUUAAAGAUUAAAAUUCCGUAUAUUUGAUGUAUUAAAAGGUUUUAGGUUUUUGGUUUGGGUUUUUUUUAAAUAUGCCUUUUUUUUUUUUUUUUUAAAUAUGCUUUGUUUCUGUUAUAAAACCCAAGUAGGUCUUGGAUGGAGACAACUGCUAAUUUCUCCUUGAACAUUUAUUCAAUUUUAAUUAAAAAUUUUAAAUUUUUUUUAAUUGCAA